AUGAUGACCAUGACGAGAACCAGCACCAUUAGAAGUAGAAGUAGUAGCAGUGGCGGUGGAGGUGGGUGCCUCUUUGUGCCAGCUCUGUGUGUCUCGCGGCGUGGUGUGAAGCUGUCGAACCCGAUCGGCAAGCAGGGCAGCCAGCACUACGGUGUCGAGCCGAAACUCGAGGCGGGAAAGGAUGUGCAACUGAAGCAUACAGAGAUGUACGAUGGGUACACAGACGACUUUGGUGUCUUCAAGGAGGGCCCACCCACCACACUGCGCCUCGAGUACGUGCGCUCACCAGACCACGGACACUCGCAGCAGCUGCUGCAGAAGGACAUCUGGUCACCGUUUCAGGUGAAUGCAAACAUGAUGAUGUACACUCCGCUCUACUACGACUGGAAGGGAUUUUCGAGCCGCAACUAUUGGGGCCACCGCAGCGGGACGAACCCCGGCAGCAAAGUGUUGCUCGGCCACUACAGGCGCGUGGAGGAGCGGUCGUGGGGGUACCGCGUCAUGGUGAAUCACAAGCCGCAGAAGCGGGUACCCAAGUGGCUCGCCUGCGUCUUGCACCUGCCUCGCAAGAAGACAUUCCUUGGAUUCUUCCUCUACGCCAAUGGCGCCUACGUGGCGGAGCUGCUCACGUACAAGCAGCUGCCACGCAUCUGUUACAACAAACCGUUCCAAGGAUGCAUGCCAACAAUCGGGCAGACCGUGGCACUCAGCGAGGUGACGUACGGCAAAGAACUGCACUCCGUAGAGAUGUACCCCGGUCAUGGUGGCGUUAUGUGCCGUGCGAGCGGUGCCGCCGCAGUGGUGCUGCGCGGUGCGGAGCCGAACCUUGUCCCACUGCUGCUGCCAUCUAAGGAGGUGCGCCUGUUUGACAAGGAGUGUCACGCCGUUUUUGGCCGCCGUGCUGGGGUGAUGUACCGCUACCAGCGCAACUUUGGCAAGCGCAAUGUGGAGGAGAACAUGCCCCANCGUCCCAAGGUGCACUCAAAGACGAAGCGAGUAUCGAGUCAUCCUGCUGGUGGCGGUAACGGCGGAUCUGCAAAUCUGCUUGUGCCGCUCGACUGGCGUAUUCACCCACGCAACUGUGUCAAGACGAAGUACUGGCUCUCGGGCUAUAUUCUUCGCGGACGGCAGUACAACAAGGGACAAACUGUAGCGGAUAUCAAGUCCAAGACGUAUAGUUGGGCAAACCGCGAUCCUGUCUACCGAUGA